UCACCAUCCCUGACAGCCAAGGCCCAAGCGGUACCGCCGUGCAGCAUACUAACGACCAUGGCAACCUUGGCCCGGUCAUUCUCCUCCGAUAGUGCUGACAUCGCAGUCCUAGUCCCCAAUAAACCCACUCCGCUAUCGAUCUCCUAUCAGCAGUUGCACCGCCAUAUUGCCGAUUUCCAAGCCAAGUUAGCUCGACUGGGAGUCGCCCAUGGCGCCGCCGUAUCACUGGCCCUGGUCAACUCCUAUGAGUUCAUAGUCGCAUUUCUAGCCGCCUCGUGGCAGCGAGCCAUCGCCGCGCCUUUGAACCCGGCCUAUAAGCAGGAGGAAUUUGAAUUCUACAUUGAUGAUCUGAGCUCCACACUGGUUCUGAUUCCGAGGGGAUCAUACAUAAAGGAUGGACCCGCCGUUCGUGCGGGCAGGAAGUACCAGGCGGCCAUUGCGGAGUGCUAUUGGAACGGCUCCGAAAUCAUCUUGGACGUCAAGGAACAUGGAAAACUGACAGGCAAUGGAGGCGUAGACAUCCAGGAAGCCCAGCCUGAAGAUGCCGCACUCGUCCUACAUACCAGUGGAACCACUGGCAGGCCCAAAGCUGUUCCCCUCACUCACAAGAACCUGACAACCACGAUGAGGAACAUCCAAGCAACGUAUAACCUUACUCCAGCAGACCGGACGUACCUUGUGAUGCCACUGUUCCAUGUCCACGGUCUACUGGCUGCAUUCCUUGCCCCUCUAUACUCCGGAGGCUCUGUAAUCGUUCCUGUCAGAUUCUCGGCAUCGGAAUUCUGGUCGGAUUUCAUCACCUACAAGGCGAACUGGUACACAGCCGUACCAACCAUCCACCAAAUUCUACUCAAGACCCCACUACCCAACCCAGUGCCUCAAAUCCGCUUCAUCCGCUCCUGCUCCUCACCCCUGUCACCAAAGACCUUCCAGGAUCUAGAAAAAGCGCUCAACGCACCAGUCCUAGAAGCCUACGCGAUGACAGAAGCCGCUCACCAAAUGACCAGCAACCCUCUUCCCCCUGCAAAGCGCCAACCAGGCAGCGUGGGUGUCGGACAGGGUGUUGAAGUGCGCAUCUUAGACCACAACGGCAACGAAGUCCCCCAGGGCCAUGAAGCAGAGAUCUGCGUCCGGGGCGAAAACGUAACCAAGGGCUACCUGAACAACCCAUCCGCAAACAACUCCUCUUUCACUCAGGACGGAUUCUUCCGCACCGGUGAUCAGGGCAAGAAGGAUGCGGAUGGCUACGUGAUCAUCACCGGCCGCAUCAAGGAGCUUAUUAACAAGGGCGGUGAAAAGAUCAGCCCGAUUGAGCUGGACAAUACGCUCCUACACCACCCGAAGGUUGCGGAGGCGGUGUGCUUCGCUAUCCCGGAUGAAGGGCACUAUGGUGAAGACAUUGGUGCUGCAGUCGUCCUUAAAAACCAAGUGAGUGCCACGGAAGAGGAGUUGAAGUCGUGGGUGGAGUCCAAGUUGGCCAAGUUCAAGACGCCUAAGAAGGUGUGGCUAGUUCCGCAGAUCCCCAAGACAGCAACGGGCAAGGUCCAACGGCGGAAGGUAGCGGAAGCGAUGCUGAAGGUCAAGGCGAAAUUAUAAAUGUAUGUACAUGCGCGGUUUUACAUGGUCAUAGACAAUUAGUUAGAAUACGAAAAGUGCGAAU